UUUUCACCCUUCUUCCUUGGAAGAAUCGAAGAAAAAAAGAACCUAUUCCGAUUCCCCUCUGCGGAAUAUUUCAACUCUGUUUCGUUAAAGGAAAUGCCGAUUGCAAGAAUUUGAUACAAACUGCAAAAUUUUAUUGGUGCUUUUGAGCUUCUGAAGAUGGGGUUUUCACUUGCUGGUUCGACUUCAUUACGGCAAUGCUACCUAAACAGAAGUAAUUCACGAAAGAUUCCGUCUAUUGACGGAAACCGGAAGCUCGCCGUGAAGUUCAAUUUUUCUGGGCGGCUUCACGGAAUGGCAAAAUCGAGAAGGUAUAUUUGCUGCAAGUCGGACGGCGUCGUUUUUGAGGAGAGAACAAGCCCUGCAGAGGUGAAGAAAGAAAUCGAGCAAUGCUACGAGCUUAUAAACCAACUCGGCAGAGGGGUUGUGUACUUGGGUUCAGCAAGGUUGGGGCCUAACCAUCCACAUUAUUCACAAGCAUUUGAAUUGGGGAAGGAAAUUGCGAUGCUUUUAAAUUGUACUUCAUGGUCAGGGGCGGGUCCCGGCCUAAUGGAUGCCGUGACUAAAGGCGCCCUCCAAGCAGGGAAACCCGUUGGUGGAUUUAAGAUAGCUAAAGAAGCUGGAGAAUGGACUGCUACGAAUUUCCACCCGUACCUACCGUUAGACACCUAUUUAACUUGCAGAUUCUUUUCUGCAAGAAAGCACGGGUUAGUGGAUGCUGCUGCUAGAGCAUCUAAUUCGGAUAAAACGGCUGUUGUUGUUCUGCCAGGUGGAAUCGGUACACUGGACGAGGCGUUCGAAAUCUUGGCAUUGAUUCAACUUGAAAGGAUCGGAUCGGUUUUUCCCGUUCCGUUUAUUCUGAUGAACUAUGAUUCGUUUUACUCGAAGCUGUUGGAAUUCAUCGGCGAUUGUGAGGGCUGGGGUACUGUGUCGAACGGUGAGGUGGCGUCCUUGUGGAAGGUUUGCAAUACUAACUCGGAAGCUUUGGCUUAUCUGGCAGAAUAUUAUGUACUGUCUCCUACCGAUGAAGGUAAGAGCAUCUCCUUGUUGGGAAAUGACCAAGAAUCUUUACUUUUGUAGACUUCGAUUGUUGUACCUUCAUAUUUGUCAUCAAUCUAUUAGAAUAUUUAUCAUUUAUCGAUUAAAAUUUGAGAAAUGAUAAGAAUCUUUUUUUUCUGCUGAAUCUAUGAUAUCCAUGUUCGUAUA